UGUGUACAUGCAUGGCAGAGUGUGUUUCCGGUAAAACCUGACUGUAGCUCAGUGCUCUGCCCUUUUCUCCUGGCUUUCAAUAGAUCAGCCACUCAUCUGAGAGUCCCAGCUCCCUCACCUGGUUCUCCAACUAACAAGCAGCGUAUCUUAAAUUGGUGGACAUGGCUUCUGUUUCGGGUCCAGCUCAGGCAGCCCCUGUUUCGGCGUCUCCUUUGCAAAGAGGAAUAGUGAAAAUGGUCUUGUCAGGAUGUGCCAUCAUUGUUCGGGGCCAGCCUCGAGGCGGCCCGCCCCCAGAGCGGCAGAUCAAUCUCAGCAACAUCCGAGCUGGGGCCAUUGCCCGCCGAGCAGCACAAGGACAGCCCGACACCAAGGACAUCCCAGAUGAGCCCUGGGCCUUCCAAGCCAGAGAGUUCCUGAGGAAGAAGCUAAUUGGAAAAGAAGUUUGCUUCACAGUGGAAAUCAAGACUGCUAUAGGCCGGGAGUAUGGCAUGGUCUACUUGGGCAAAGAUACUGCAGGUGAGAACAUUGCUGAAUCUUUGGUGAAUGAAGGCCUCGCAACAGUCCGAAGGGAAGGAAUCAGAGGAAACAAUCCAGAGCAGGCCAGACUGUGUGAACUGGAGGACCAAGCAAAGGCAUCCAAGAAAGGCAUGUGGAGCGAGGGAGGUGGCACGCACACUAUUCGUGACCUCAAGUACACCAUCGAAAAUCCGCGCAACUUUGUGGACUCUUCGCACCAGAAGCCUGUCAAUGCCAUCAUUGAACAUGUGCGAGACGGCAGCGUUGUUCGUGCCUUGCUGCUCCCAGACUAUUACCUAGUCACUGUUAUGCUGUCUGGUGUCAAGUGUCCCACGUUCAAGAGGGAAGCAGAUGGAACAGAAACACCUGAACCUUUUGCAGCAGAGGCCAAAUUCUUCACAGAGUCCCGUCUUCUGCAGCGAGAUGUUCAGAUCAUUCUAGAGAGCUGUCACAACCAGAUCAUACUGGGAACCAUCCUUCACCCGAAUGGGAACAUCACAGAGCUUCUGCUAAAGGAGGGAUUUGCUCGUUGUGUGGAUUGGUCCAUGGCUGUUUACACCCAGGGAGCUGAAAAACUCCGAGCUGCUGAGCGGUCUGCUAAAGAGCGCAAAGUGAGAAUCUGGAAAGAUUAUGUGGCACCUACAGCCAACUUGGACCAGAAGGACAGACAGUUUGUUGCCAAGGUGAUGCAGGUGAUCAAUGCUGAUGCCCUGGUGGUCAAACUCAACUCUGGAGAAUAUAAAACCAUCCACCUGUCCAGCAUUCGGCCCCCUAGGAACGAAGGAGAGGAGAAGAACAAGGACAAAGACAAACGAUUCCGUCCUCUGUAUGACAUCCCAUACAUGUUUGAGGCCCGGGAGUUCCUCAGGAAGAAGCUCAUUGGGAAAAAGGUCAACGUGACAGUGGACUACAUCAGGGCUGCCACCGGUCCUGGAGAAGGAACGCCCGCUUUCUCAGAGCGCACCUGUGCCACCGUGACAAUUGGAGGGAUUAACAUAGCUGAAGCUCUUGUCAGUAAAGGCCUCGCCACAGUCAUCAGAUACAGACAGGAUGAUGACCAGCGCUCCUCCCACUAUGAUGAGCUGCUCGCUGCAGAGGCACGGGCCAUCAAGAACGGAAAGGGGCUGCACAGCAAAAAGGAGGUCCCCAUCCACAGAGUGGCUGAUAUCUCAGGGGAAACACAGAAAGCCAAGCAGUUCCUCCCCUUCCUUCAGAGAGCUGGUCGGUCAGAAGCUGUUGUCGAAUACGUCUUUAGCGGUUCUCGUCUCAAGCUCUACAUGCCCAAAGAGACCUGCCUCAUCACGUUUCUCCUGGCUGGUAUCGAAUGUCCGCGUAGUUCCCGGAAUACGCCUGGUGGAGUGCAGGUGGCCGAACCUUUCAGCGAUGAAGCCAUGCUGUUCACAAAGGAGCUGGUAUUACAAAGAGAGGUUGAAGUUGAAGUGGAGAAUAUGGACAAAGCAGGGAACUUCAUUGGCUGGCUGCACAUCGAGGGUGUCAAUCUGUCUGUGGCACUGGUAGAAAACGCUCUGUCCAAGGUCCACUUCACCGCAGAACGCAGCGCCUACUACAAAGCGCUGGUCUCAGCAGAGGAUGCAUGCAGACAAAAGAAAGAGAAGAUCUGGGCUAACUAUGAGGAAAAGCCUGUGGAGGAGGUCGUGCAUCUGUCUGAGGAGAAGGAACGUGUGGCCAACUACAGACCAGUAUUUGUGACUGAAAUCGCAGACACCCUGCACUUCUAUGCCCAGGAUGUAGAGACAGGAGCCCAGUUGGAGAGUCUGAUGGAAACCAUGAGAGCCGAGAUCGCUGCCCAUCCACCUGUUGAAGGAUCCUACGCCGCACGGAGAGGGGAUUAUUGCCUAGCCAAGUUCGCUGAUGGUGAAUGGUACAGAGCCCGAGUGGAGAAAGUUGAGUCACCGGCAAAGGUUCACGUCUUCUACAUCGACUAUGGCAACAGAGAAGUUGUGUCAAGCACCCGUCUGGCUGCCAUGCCUCCUGCCUUCGGCACCAGGACCCUGCCAGCACAGGCCACAGAGUACACCUUUGCCUUCAUCCAGGUCCCACAGGACGAGGAUGCCCGUGCUGAUGUGGUGGACUGCGUGGUGCGCGACAUCCAGAACAGCCAGUGUCUACUGAACGUGGAGUACUCGGGUGCCACUUGUCCACACGUCACAAUACAGUUUGGAGACACCAAGGAUGAUGUCGGCCUGGGCUUGGUCAAAGAGGGCUUGGUCAUGGUGGACGUCCGCAAGGAGAAGCACCUGCAGAAAAUUGUGACGGAGUACCUUAACAGCCAAGAAUCUGCCAAGAGUGCCAGGCUCAACAUUUGGCGCUAUGGAGAUUUCCGUGCAGAUGACGCAGAUGAGUUUGGUUACCGCCGUUAAGGAGA